AUGCGAGCCGCGCCAGGGUCGGCGGAUUGCGGCAGUUGCUGGGCCCACGCCGCAACCAUGGCGAUGCGCGCCCGCGCGGAGAUCAAGGGGCUGCCUGCUGAGUUCUCCGCAGAGCAGCUGGUCGCCUGCACCCCGAAUCCCCACAAGUGUGGCGGCACCGGAGGCUGCGACGGCGCCACCGCGGAGCUGGCGUACGAGUACGUACUGCAGAGGGGGCUGGCCAAGCCACAGCACUUCUUCAUGCAGAAGAGCAUGCUCUCUGGCGCGACAGGCGACGAUCCCAUGAGCGGCUGCCCCGCGAGCCUCCGGGUCCAGUCCGAGGUCGCGACCAAGGGUGUCCUGGGCAUUGACGGCAGCGAGGUCCACCUCCUGGGCACUUCCGAGAGCGAGCUCAUGGGCAUGACGAUCGGCAUGCGGGGGUGGACGAAGUUGCCGGAGAACAGGGAGGAGCCCAUCAUGAGGAGCCUCAUGAUGGACGGCCCCCUCUACGUCGCCGUGGCCGUCGGCGAGCACUGGCACUACUACAGCGGGGGCGUGAUGACGCAGGAGGGCUGCGAUACGCGCAACGUGAUCAACCACGCGGUGACGCUGUUCGCCUGGGGCGUCAAGGAGAAGAGCCGCAUCUAG